UAUUGAGAUAAACAAAAUAAAUAUAAUGAAAUAUGGGAAUAGCAAUCUACAAUAAACAUUUUAUUUUCUAAUUAAAUGAUUUAAAUCACAUGUGGCUCAUAUAACACGACAAAUCGUAACAAAAUUAAAAAAUCAGUCUCAAUAAGAUGGAAGAUCAGUACCAGAAAAUCUUAGAAGCAAACCAAGAAAAUGUUAGAUAUAAUACCAUGCUGGCACGAGCCUUUAUCCCACUCAUUCCCAAACAAGAAAGAGAUCAUGCACACCGAUGGAUGGCUAAGCUGAGCAAGAUAGAAGGAACUCCUUUCGAUUUGAAGAACAAAGCAGACUACUUGUGGUACUUCGUCAUGAACGCAGCGCACAGCCAAGAAAUGAUGCCCCCAUUCCACGCGCCCCCACCAACUGGAGAUCUGCCUCUUCUCAGUUCUAUUUUGCCGAAAGAAAUAUAUGCAGAUGUUAUAGAUUCGUCAGAUAGAAAGAGUUGGUGGUUGGAAGAACCACUAGUAGAAGGUUUAAAUGAUGAAGAGCUCCAGGAAGAUGACCUGGCAUUUGACUUCAUACCAAGUGAAUUCGCCAGGAAUCAGCCGAGCCCCAAGUGCAACGGUUCUUACGUCUAUGCCUGCGUUUUCGCUCCCCGCAGAGAUUGAUGUGAAUACAUGUUUUCAGUGCAA